AUGUCAAAUCAAAGUGUUAAUACAGAUUGUGAACGAAUGAGCAAUAUGUUUGAAAAUAAAAAUUUAGAUCUUGAUGGUUACAGAAAGUUGGUCAAAGGGUACAUUGAUUUGCAUUUAUACAGUGCAGCCUUAUUUUGGGCAGACAAAGUUCUUUCAUUAAGUAAUGAAAAUUUAAAAGAUGUUUGUGUUUUGGCCCAAUGCAUGUAUUUAACUAAACAGUAUCAUCGAGCUGCUCAUUUGAUUCGGAGUCGUGGUCUUGAAAAGAAAAAUGUUAUGUGUCACUACCUAGUUGUUCGUUGCUUACUUGAAGCUAAAGAAUUAACAGAGGCAAUUCAAGUGAUAAAUGAAUUUGAAACUAUAACAAAUAUAACAAAUAUCAACCACACUGAAACAAGUUUUGAUGAACAUUCAAUUGUAUUAGAUGAUGCUCCAAAAAAUGUACAAAGUGCUAUAUUAUUUAUAAAAGGAAAAGUUUAUGAAGCUAUGGAUAAUAGAGCAGUAGCUACUGAUUGUUAUAAACAAUCUCUUCAUUGUGAUGUCUAUUCAUAUCAAGCUUUUGAAGCUCUUGUGCAGAACCAAAUGCUCUCUGCUGCAGAAGAAAGAGAAUUAUUGGACUCUUUGCCAUUUAAUGAACAAUGCAAAGAAGCUGAUGCUGAGCUAUUGAAGCUUCUUUAUGAAAGCAAACUUAAAAAGUAUCAAGCACCAGCUGAAUAUAAUUUAUUGGUUUCUUGUGGAGCUUUAGCUAAGGAUCGCUUGAGGCAUAAUUUAGAUAUGCAAGUUGCUGAAGCAGAAAGAUUAUAUUACAAUUGUGAUUAUCACCAAUGUUUUACAUUGACAGAAAGUAUCUUAAAAAGUGAUCCAUACCAUAGUAGCUGUUUACCUGUACAUAUAGCUUGUUUAGUAGAAUUAAGAAAAACUAAUGCAUUAUUUUAUCUGGCACAUAAAUUGGUUGACUUGUAUCCUGAUUUAGCUUUGUCAUGGUUUGCAGUAGGUUGUUAUUACUACAGUAUUGGCAAAAGUGAUCCAGCAAGAAGAUAUUUGGCCAAAGCCACUUCUCUUGAUCGACUGUUUGGACCUGCUUGGCUUGCAUAUGGGCAUUCAUUUGCUGUUGAAAAUGAACAUGAUCAAGCUAUGGCAGCUUAUUUUAAAGCUUCUCAGUUGAUGAAGGGAUGCCAUCUACCAUUAUUAUACAUAGGUCUUGAGUGUGGCUUGACAAAUAAUUUGAAGCUGGCAGACAAAUUUUUCCAGCAAGCCCAAAGUAUUGCCCCUGAUGAUCCUUUUGUCAUUCAUGAAACUGGUGUAAUUGCCUUUUAUAAUCUAGAUUUUAAAACUGCAGAGAAACAUUUUAAAAGCGCUAUGAAAAAAAUUCAAUCAGGAUUAAAAGACGUGAUGAUACCAAAUAAAUGGGAAUCUCUACUCAAUAACUUGGGCCAUACUUGUAGAAAGUUAAAAAAAUAUGAAGAAGCUUUGGACUAUCAUCAACAAGCCUUAAUUUUAAAUCCAUUGAAUCCAGCUACGUAUUCAGCAAUCGGCUUUAUUCAUGCAAUGAUGGGUCAUACUCAAGAAGCAGUAGAUGCUUGUCACAGAGCUCUAGGACUUAGAAGAGAUGAUACUUUUACUACAACAUUAUUAGGAUUUGUCAUGGAACAACUAAUUCAUGAAAGUCCUCCUUUCUCAGAUGCUCCCUCUGAAGUACCAAAAUACGAAUAUUUGAGGAAAAGCGAUAAAUCUCUUACUAAACCGGCAGCACCUUCGGAGCAGCAAAUAGAAAAAUUACGAGUCAACUUAUUUUCAGGCUGGGGUGAAAAUUCUUCAAAACUUGAAGGUGACUUUUCUCAAGUAGCAGAAAUCAGUUCAGAAGUAGAAAUGCUUGAUUCAUCAAAUAUGAAGCAAGAGUAAUGUGCAUAGAUGAAUAAUAAAAAUUUAUUUUGUUUAUCUUUUAUAUUAUGUGUUUAAUAUUGAUAAUUACACAUCGUUUUCUAAAAAGCUCCUUGAAUAAUAAUACGAUCUCGUGAAUACUGAAUUACUAAUAUUAAGUCAACAAACUCGAUAUUAGAACAAAAUAAUGAAAAAUUCUAUUUACAACUUAUAAUCUACGUAAAUAAUGAAUACGAUCUGAUAACUAUCGAUUCAUUGGGUUUAAUUGAAUUGUACGACGCAAUAAAAGC